UUUGUCUAGUAAAGCAAAAAAAUAUCUUCAUGAAUCAUUACAUCAACAGCAUCUAAAUCAAAAGUUGGCUGAAUAUAAUGAAGCAAAAAAGCUUUUUAUGAGUUUAAUGGAUCUUGACUAUAAACCUGCCUAUAGAGAGUAUAUAUUUUAUAAAUACUGGCUUGCAUCUAGACCCGAAAGGGCGAUGGAUCAAAGAUCCGAGACUCUGUCUCCUCUAAAGGAUCAUGGCCAUACCAGCUCUUCUGAUAGAAACAAUAUUGUGCUUUUAGAUGCAUAUCAACCUGAAGAGAUUUAUUCUUAA